AUGGCCGGAGGUGAAUGGAGGCAUGAUGCUUCCUGGAAAUUUCACUGCUUUUUCUUUCUUCUUACCACCAAUCUUCAAAGCUUUCACCAUCAGUCGGCAGCGCAACAGCGCCACCGUAGAUCGGUCAGUCAGUACCACGCGCGCCGCCGGCGACGACCAAUUUCUCCGCGCGCGGGGAUGGCGGCCGCGGCGGGCCCCACGAGGCUGGCCUACUUCGAUGACAUGUGGGCCCUCCGCGCCCCCGCCACCGUCCUCUCCAUCCAUCAUCAGGAGGAGGGCGGCCGGCGAGCGGUGGUGCUGGACGCCACCGUCUUCCACCCGCAGGGCGGCGGGCAGCCGGCCGACACGGGCGCCAUCGUCUCCGCGUCCGGCGCCGGCGCCAGGUUCCUCGUCGAGGACGUGCGCGUCAAGGACGGGGUGGUCUUCCACUAUGGCAGAUUUGAGGACGCUGCCGGAGAGGAGGAGCUCAGCCAAGGGCAGAGCGUCAGCUUGGAAGUCGACGCGGAACGGCGCAAGCUCAACUCCAGGCUUCACUCCGCGGGGCAUUUGCUGGACAGUUGCAUGACCAACCUUGGCCUUCAUCUGGAACCUGGGAAGGGAUAUCAUUUUCCUGAUGGGCCUUCCGUUGAGUAUAAGGGAGUUGUUCCAGCAGAUCAGUUGCACGAUAAGAAAAUCCAGCUGGAAAAGGAGGCGAACGAACUGAUUUUGAAAGGAAGCAAGGUUUUGGUCUCUGUUUUUCCAUACGAGGAGGCGGCUAAGUUAUGUGGAGGUGCUCUGCCUAGCUACAUUUCGCAAGAUAGCAGUCCCCGCAUUGUGAAAUUUGGUAACUAUCCUGGUUGUCCUUGUGGAGGCACUCAUGUAGCCGAUAUUGCAGACAUUGGCAACGUAAAGGUCACAAAUAUACGGGUCAAGAAAGGCGUGACUAAGGUCUCCUAUGGCAUCAGCCCGUAA